AGAGAGACAGGCAAAAAUGAGGUGCUGAGAGUGCAUUGCAUGGCCGAAUCGCAGGGGAAGUAGUGCGGAAGCGGGGAUCACUCCAAAAUCAACCAAGUUGGUGCAUUCAUUGGAACCCAAACUCGACACAUUAUUCCAAAAGCCAGUCUGGACUCCUAAAUGCCUUCCCUCCCUCAUCUAUCACCCUGGUCUAUCACACAGACAAUGUGAGAUUAGCACACGAUUGUUGUUCAAAGGCGUCUUGUUAAGUGCUUCUAAAACUCAUUCAUUGAGCGUAACGUCACAUCGUGGAAUUAACGAAGGAGUUUUUCCCUUUCUCUCUUUCUUUCAUUUCGGCUAUUUAAAGCGAGCUCCACUAAUGGGAUUUCAAUUCGACUGUCUCGAAAGUAACCUUUUAUACUCGGAUCACUGUCGGCAGUUGACGUUUUUGGAAGAUCCAAGGUUUCAUUUUUACUCAAACAUCGUCUGCCAACUCUGCCUUAAACAGGACACCUUAACGAAGCUGCCGUUUUCCCCUGGAUUUCAUUCCGCAGAACUCACCCCAAACCUAAAUACACCCAUAUCAAUCAGGAUCAACAACGUUUUACCUCAGAGGCAAGCUGCAUUUCAAGUUCCUAUUGCUAAGGAUUGGAUAUCAUUAAAGGAUACCUUACAAAUCUUACUUGGAUUAAUGUUAAAUUGAAGACCAGUACAGGUGACAUCGUAUUCAUAACUUAAGAUGGGACACUUAAGGAGCUAUUUACAGUAUGCAGUUGUGGUCUUUGCAUCGCUUUGGUUUUCGAGGAGUUCCUUAGCCCGAACCAGUUUACCUUACUGUCAAGACGACCGCGACUUUCAACAUGGUUCCGUUGUCUACAAACUCCGUGACACUACAUUCUACAGUCAAACACAGUUGGUCGCAGGAAUCAAACGGAAGUACAGGUGUAACCGAGGCUAUGUUCUCAAAGGGAGUUCCUGGUCUACCUGUCUCGCUGCUGGAAGAUGGUCUAAUGAUCCACCGACUUGCGAACCAAAGGGAUGUCCAUCAUUACGUAAGAAAGAAAACAACCUAGCAUAUGUUGGUUACACGAGAGAGAAGGGAAUAGAUGGGAGAUAUCCACACGGCACUUCAGGGCAGGUAUUCUGUGACGCUGGUAAGAUCCUCGUAGCCGGGAAUGGUUUUACAGAAUGCAGUGCAGGAGAGUGGGUUCCUCUCAUACCACUCUGUUAUGAUAUUGAUGUGGUGGCACAAGGAAGUGAGGAUUAUUGUCCUAUACCUUACAUCUGGGCCGGUCAGCUCUCAUCUACUGACGUCACAGAAGGCCACGUCUCCAACGGGUUCCAGGUCGACUUUGAAUGUCUACCGUUCGCCGAGCGGGCCACGCCCUCCCCCAUCACGUGUAUGAGUGGCCGCUGGGAGCCCGAGGAACCUCGAUGUAUACCAAAACACUGUACAUUGCCACCGUUAACCCGAGGACUCCGGAUAGUCAACGCACCAUUAGGAGCCAUCACACCUCACAGUCAAAAUCUUACAUUAGAAUGUUCAUCAGCAUAUAUACUACAGGGUCCCCCUCAGAUUACCUGCUGGUAUGGUGACUGGGCUGGCAACAUACCAACUUGUGACCACCCUAAAACAGACCCACCACCUACCUCACCACGUCCUACCACCAUCCCUACAACCGUUGUUACCACAACUGAGGAACCUCGAGAUCUUCUACCAAGAAUACCCGGUGAAGAUUAUUCUCAGUGCGGCAAGGCGGGCGACAUCGGGCAGAAAUUAAGGGGUCGUGUUGUUGGUGGCUAUGAAGCUAACGAGGCAGCCUGGCCAUGGCAAGCAGCUAUCUAUUGGCAAAGAGCUGAUGGCUCAUGGUUUUUCUUCUGCGCCGGUACGGUCAUCAACAGAGAAUGGAUCAUAUCCGCGGGACAUUGCUUCGGGUACGAUGAGGAUAUUACCAGACUUCAAGUCAAAUUAGGUCUUACAGAUCGAAUCCGAGACCAGGGUACACCGAGGGAACAGGUCUUCUCGAUCAACGGUCUCUACCUCCCCAAGGAGCACGACUUCAUCGACUUCGACUACGACAUCGCCCUCCUUCACCUAUCCCAACCUGCCGUCCUGGGUCCAUACGUUAGACCGAUAUGCCUGCCUCCAGAAAUUACAAGCCCGGAUGCAAACCUAGAACGAUUAGUAACUAUCAAUUCUUUUGGAAUGGUGAUUGGAUGGGGCCAUAGUAAACCUGUAGCAGUCAAUAGCAGCCAAUAUACCAUAUAUGAAGAUAUUCUUCAACAAUUACAGAUUCCCGUUCGUCCACGUCAAGCAUGCGUCAACAGCCUGCGUGACGUAGGCGAAGAUGAAACGCAAUUUACCAUUAACAUGUUCUGUGCCGGUUAUAACCGGAAACCGCUUGAUACCUGUUUCGGUGACUCCGGUGGACCGCUGAUGCGACACAUAUUCCAUCCAGUCGUCGGGCGAGACGGAAUCCAGCGAAGGCAGAAGCGGUGGGUUCAAGUUGGCAUUGUGAGCGCAGGAAAAGGCUGCGCAGUAGAAGGACAAUUUGCAUUUUACACACACGUACCAAGACUUGUAAACUGGGUGUAUUCUGUGAUACGAUCGAACCACACACACACAGGAACGGAGAUUGUUCAAUUAUAAGAAUGGACUCAAGAUUAUUUUAAACGUGGAAUGUGGUACUUUAGUGAUUAAUAUAGAUUAAUUCAAAUCAAAAGCACAGAGUUGGAAAGACAUCAUCACACUCGUAUCACGCUGAAUGUGAAAGGUCAACGGACACUUCCACUUUUCUUUAGAAAUUUCGAAACUCUAAUAUUCUACUGUCCUAAAUCCAGUGAUACAACCACUUUCAUGUCGGUAAAUUCUCGUGAAAAUGGUGUAAAAGGGAGGCAGCGGUAUCUUAUAUUAAAUCAGUAGCGCUAUCAAAAAUCAUUAAGAGCCAAUUAUGACCUGUAGACGAUACUGGCAUUUGUACUUUCGUCGGAAAUGCCGAAACCUGGAAGUGUGAUGCCAUACGAGAACUUCCGGGUCAAUGAUUGGAUGCUCACGAAAGACUUUCUUCUUAUCGCUCGGAUCGAGUGGACAAAUCGUGCGAGUCAAAACCGUCCGACGGACCAGAUUAUGACGCGGACAAGAUUCGCCGCUACACCGGAAUCCCAUCUCUCCACCAAUGGAUAAUAACUGACAUGUAUUAUCGGAAUCCUCUUAAAAUGUACUGUUUGAUACCAAAUGGGUUGAAUUCUCAAGUUUUUGAAGGAUAAAUACAUUAAUUCCAUAACUAAUUAGCAUGUUCAGUCCGACGGCGACUCUUUUCGUGCGUGAGCUAACACUAAUAUUUGAAUGUUGUGAAUAUUAUAUAUUUACAAAAUAUUGUUUUAUAUUUGUUAUUUAUGAAUCGAAGCAAAUUAAAAUAUUUACCAAUGAUGAAUUGAUAAUUGGUAAUGGUGUUACGAUGUAUAUAAACUAAGUUGUACAAAUCUUCAAAUGCUCUUUAAUGUAUUUACAGAGACCAGUCAUUGGCAAUUUGUGAGCCUAAUUCAUAUGCAGUACAAACACAAUUCACCGUCAUGAAUAUGGGACUAUAGUUGUAUGUCUUUUACCGCUUAUAUGCAUGUUUGUUGUAUUGGUUGUCAAAUACACCCACAGAUUACCUCAA